AUGCUUUACGAAUUAGUCAGUGUUGUUCGUGUUAUAAAUCCACUAUCAGCUAAUAGCGAGGCGAAAGAGCUUGCGACUACCAUAGGCAAACUCAUAAUUCAAAACAGAGGUGUUAUCCGGAGAAUCAUUCCAAUGGGUAAUAAGUUACUUCCCAAAAUUGUUAAGAAAGACCAAGAACAACACUUCCAAGGUUAUCACUUCUUAAUGAUGUUUGAUGCAUCUGCAGCAGUGCAGUCAGAAAUUUUACGAACUUUGAAGAGAGACCCUCGUGUCAUAAGGUCCUCUAUUGUAAGGAUGAACAACAAAAAGCAGUUGGAUGUCGCUUCGUCCAUUGAAAGGGCUGCUGGAUAUAGCUCAGUUUUGGAGAAGCUUAAAAAGGAUAGUUUCUAG